AUGUUUCGUCAAGGAGCGCGAGCCGAUAGCUGGAGAUAUCGCUAUCGUAUCGCGCAUCUAUCAGUCACUUUUCCCACGCCGCCGUCAUUUUGGUUCGAUCGUCAAGUGGCCAGGCCUCCUCAAUACUUCAAGAAGCGUAUUUGCGACACCAUGGCGCUCGAUCAGUCCAACAAUGAAGCGUUGAAGAAUCACCAUCAGAAUGACCAACUCAGAUUUUUUGAAGAUUUUGGGGUCUGGAGGGAAGCGCCCGUACUAAUUGGAACAACCAAAUUCGAGCCAUUGCCAGAUGUGAAGAACAUUAUGAUAACUGGAGGAGCCGGAUUCAUUGCCUGCUGGCUGGUUCGCCAUCUAACAUUGACCUACCCUCAUGCCUACAAUAUUGUCUCCUUUGAUAAGUUAGAUUACUGCUCUUCUCUCAACAAUACAAGAGCUCUCAAUGACAAGCGAAACUUUACUUUUUACCAUGGUGACAUUACGAACCCAUCCGAAGUCGUCGAUUGCCUUGAGCGAUUUCAGAUUGAUACCAUCUUCCACUUUGCAGCUCAAUCUCAUGUCGAUCUGAGCUUCGGGAACUCAUACGCCUUCACACACACUAAUGUUUACGGAACCCAUGUUCUUCUAGAAAGUGCCAAGAAGAUGGGAAUCAAAAAAUUUAUUCAUAUCUCCACCGAUGAAGUAUAUGGUGAGGUGAAGGAUGACGCUGAAGAUUUGCUGGAAUCUAGUAUCCUUGCCCCUACGAAUCCCUAUGCUGCCAGCAAAGCAGCUGCAGAGAUGCUCGUCCAUUCUUACCAAAAAAGUUUCAAGUUACCCGUGAUCAUCGUUCGGAGUAACAAUGUUUAUGGGCCUCAUCAAUACCCAGAGAAAAUAAUUCCGAAAUUCAGUCUUUUGUUACACCGAAAACAGCCGGUAGUUCUUCACGGCGAUGGAACGCCUACUAGAAGAUAUCUGUACGCUGGGGAUGCCGCAGAUGCUUUUGAUACUAUCCUACACAAGGGUGCUAUGGAUCAAAUCUACAACGUUGGCUCACAUGACGAAAUAUCAAAUCUAGAUUUAAGCUCUAAACUACUCACCUACUUAGAUAUCCCGUACGCGACUAGUAGAGAACUACAAAAAUGGGUCAAACACACACAAGAUCGUCCCUUUAAUGAUCAUCGAUACGCCGUUGAUGGUACAAAGUUAAGACAGCUUGGUUGGGAACAAAAGACAAGCUUCUCGGAGGGCCUAUCGAUAACGGUAGAUUGGUACAAACGAUUUGGGGAGAAAUGGUGGGGCGACAUUUCAAAAGUUCUCACACCAUUCCCCAUUGUCGCAGGCACCGAAAUUAUUGCUAGCGGAGAGACACUCGAGGAUCAACCCGAAGAUAUGAACGACAAUGUUGAAUCUCAGGACUAUCCAGGCUCAAAGAAGCGGAAAGUUGUUGCAGCAUCGUAA